AUGGCGCGCAGAAGGAUCUCGUAUGUGCUACCGCCACAGGAGAGUCAGUUGAAAUCCGCCGAUUAUGCCGUGUCCGAUUUGAAGAUGCUUUUAAACGAACUCAAAUACGACUGGCCACAGGUCUUGCAAGCCGAUGCCAAUCCUAUCGAAACGGCGAUCUCGUUGCUAGAUGACACCUCGGUUGGCUUAGCGCACAGAUUAAAAGAGUUUUUGGCGGUAAAGAAACGCACAGAAGGCGUGUUGCGCAACGUUGUGGAUGAACAUUAUGAGCUAUUCAGCAAUAGUAUCGGGUCCUACCACAUGUUGUUGUCCACUUUGGGCCAAUCGGAAGAGGACUCGAAAAACAUCAAACUGUUUUUGGAAACCUCGUCAAAGGAUGUCGCCGACAGGAACUCGGUGUUGAAGGAGUUGUCCCAGUCUUCGGUCAAGUACGAGGAAAUGAUUGAGAUCUUGGAUGCAAUGCAGACGUUGAACGAUAUCCCCGAAGAAGUAGAGCAGUUGACCGCAGACAAAAAGAUUCACGAAAUCUACGACGUGAUUGCCGACGCCUACAAGACCGCUGAGCGGUACAGCUUGUGGUCGUUGCCGGCAAUGAGCGGGAUCAAGGUUUAUCUCGAGGAGCAAACAAACAGAUUGCACGAUAUGAUUGUUGAUGAGUUGCAAAAUGAAAUUUACCUGAAAAACGACCGGUCGAUUACUACUAGCGGCGCUUCCGUGUGGCAGACGUUGAUCUCCUCCAACAGCCCGCAAAUGGCGUCAUUUGUUGCGUUGAUAAAGCUGGAGAGCUUGAAACAAUAUGUGUACAACUCGGCAAACUUUGACAUUUCUGAAGUUGUCAAUUUCCUCACUAGCCCUCUAGAGCAGUUCUUAUUCGAGCAGUUGCCCGAAUUGCACAGCCACAGCACUAAUAAGGACUCCAAGAUAAACUACAAGGUGUUGUUGGGGAGCACGCUGAACUCGAGCACCGAGUCGUACUACUACAUAUACAAACUAUUGCAGACUGCUGCCAAGUUGGGGAGAUUGAAGCAAGUAGUCGCGUCCUUGCUCCAAAACAAUCUGCUGGAAUUGCAGGGGCUAAUCAAUAGGACAACAGAGGAAGUCAAGUCCAAAAACGGGUAUGCGCUCUCGAAAAUGUCCAAGUACCUGCAUUUGGAAAAGGAUUCGUUGUUCGAUCUGAUGUUGCGUAGUCCGUUUAGCGACUCGGCAGUGGUGGUAUUGCAGGAGCUCUUUGGAUCAAUAAUUGUAAAAUGCUUGAUCACUUUCCAAAAGCACAAGGUGGCGAACGAAGUGGUUAAAUUGUUAUCAGGUGGUUCCAGUAGAGAAGCAGAACCUUCAAAAGAGCUACUUCACGUGUGGAACACUACCAAAGCCGAAAUUCAAAAUUUGAUAUUGAGCUACAUCUACGACGAAGAAAAAUUCAAUUUAGGCACCCAGCAGCUUCUCGAGCACAGUGAUAACAAGAUCAUCACAUCUUCUUUCAAGCCGAAAAUGUUGUUUAAAUUUGAAAAUGUCGAUUGGGGAUCAACCAAAUCGGCACAGGAGUUGGCAACCUCUUUAAGUGAUAUUUUCCCCGGGUUCCACAUUGAUGAAGAGGAUGAAAAAGAGGCUUUGACUUUGAAAACUCCGUACUUUGAAGACGAGGCGUUCAAUGAUCUGCUUGAAGUGUUGGUGCCGAAAAGCUUGUUCAAUAUGAGAAUCAUUUUGGAGCCAUUCCUUAUUUUCAUUGACGGGUCCAACCGAAUAUUUGAAAACUUUGUUGAAGAAGAUAAAAAAACAGAAAAGGGGCUAGCAUUUGAAUUUUUCGAGUCCUUUAUGAACAAUUUUUUCAUGAAAUAUCUCAAAGAUGGCAUACAAUUGGCUUUUGGAGAGCAAGUUGGAGGCAGUUAUGCCUACUCUGGCUCAACACCCGCAUCGGAACCCUCGGGGUUGAGACUUAAUCUUAUCUCGUUGAAUCAAAAUUCCGAGUUAAAGAUGCUUGGUGAUCCGACGUUGAGCAAAGCCGAAUCGAGCCAUGUUGUAUUUGAGAAUGCAUACAAUUUCAAGCGACUCUUUCUUGAAUUGUGCCUCAUAUUAAACACUUCGCUAACUUAUAGAGAAGAGAUUUCCAGCUUAGCCUUGAAAACGGUGGCAAGUUUUGCAACCGAGUACCGCAAACUCUUCCGGGACAUAGUGGCAGCAAACGAAGCGGCGCACUCGAGUCGACCCGUGCUGCAAGUUAGCAAAUGGAUGAAUAAUAAUAACAGCAGUGGUGGUAAUAAUAGUACUCACUUGAAAGAUGUCAGCACAAGCAUACUUUUCGCUGAGGAAGAUGACGAGGUUGAGGAUUUGUUACCGCUAAUACACACGGAAAACGAGGUGCUCUUGUUUCAAAACAGGAACUUGGUCAUCAGGGAAGAUGAUUUGCUUGACAAUGACUCUGUUUCGCAGAUUGUGCAUCUCAUGAUCACGGUAAGGUGGAUCUUAUCGUGGCUUAAAUUGGUCAAGAAAGUUUCCAACUAUAGCAUCUACGACGACGACCAGAACCAGUCGGUGGAUAUCUCGGUUGUUGAAAAGUUGCGAUACAACUGGUCGUUUUUAGAAAAUGGCCGUCCUUCAAUCACCUUUACUGCCAACACGAGCGACAUUACCCAAAACAGCAUUUUCCUUGCGUUGAACCAGGAGAAAGUGCUCGAGUUUGAGCGCCACGUGUCCACGUUUGAAGAUAUCCGCAUCCAAGCGAUGCUCGCGUUGAGAUACGAGUUGAGAAGCAGGGCCACGUUUUACGUCGACUUGUCGUUUUCACUAGUUGAUUGGUCACCUGCAACUGAGCCAAGCGACGCAGACCAUUACAUUGUCACGUUGAAUCAGGAAGUCUUUGCCAUGGAUAACAAGUUGGCCAAGAGUUUGGACGAGAGCGAGAAGGACCGGAUCUUUAUCGGUCUAAGCCAAUUUCUCAACGACUUGGUGAUACAUAAAUCCUCGAGUGUGAAAAAGAUCAACGCGAAUGGUAUCAAACGGAUCUUGUUGAAUAUCUCAACUUUGCAGCAAAUGUUGCGAAGUCUUGCUGCCAAUCCCGAGAACAUUAACUUCAACAAGUCAUCGCAGUAUUUUGAGAUGUUUACCUUGAAUGAGUUUAGUUUAUUGAAUCGAGCCAAGGCCAACAGCCAUGAUUUCACUAGAGAACAGUACCAUAAUCUUGCCCGGUUGAUUUACAGUGAAAAACUAGCUGAUGGUAACGGGUCUCAAUUCAACAAGGGCAAGUAUAGUGAGCUUGUUAAAAAGUUGGAUGAACUGUUGAACAGAUCAUAG